AUGUACACCGCGCCCAAAGAGAGCCCAGCAAGCAUCGACAACGCAGACCACAUCAAAGCCAGCACCCAAGUCGUCUGGGCCAACCUCGAGGCCACUGGUAUCCUCGAGGACUACGACGGCGUCCUGGUCGCCUGCUACAGCAAGCAUGACCUGGUCCAGAAGAUCCAGACCGCCCUCCCACGCCUCCCCGUGACCGGCAUCUUCGAGGCCAGCCUGCUCGCGUCGCUCCCGCUCGUGCGGCCCGGCCGCGGCUGGGGCAUCGUCACGACCGGCAAGUUCUGGGAGGCCCACCUCGCCGACGCCAUCGGGUCCUUCCUCGGCACGGGUUCGGACGGGUUCCUCGGCGUGCAGUCCACCGGGCUGGUGGCCGGCGACUUCCACGGCGACGUGCCCCCCGAUGUCAUCCGGGACAAGCUCAAGGCGGCCACCAAGCGUCUGCUGGCCGAGGGUGACCCUGACUGUAUCCUGAUGGGUUGUGGCGGUAUGGCUGGUCUGGAGGAGGUGAUCCGCACGGCUGUGCGGGAGGAGCAGGGCGAACGGACAGCUAAGGAUGUCUAUGUAGUUGAUGGAGUGAGGGCGGGCGUUGGUGUCCUUGAACAGAUGGUGCGGAACAAGAGGAUGUUUCAAGUUGCUUAG